GACGAAGUUCAUCGACAACGACAUGCCGCAGAUCAUGCGUGCCCAAGGCCGUGGGCAUCUUCUCCACCUUGUUCAAGAGCGAAAGUGCUGGAGACAUCAGCUACAAGCUCGACGACCCCCUGUUCCGCCCGCUGAUAACCAACUUCAUCGACAACGACAUGCCCAAGAUCAUGCGUGCGCUGAACAUGCAGAACGAACCCUAUCCGCUCCUCUGGAGUGCCGACCUCAAGACGACGGAAUCCAACGAGGACUAUUUCCUCGACAGCCUCAACUGCAGCUGUAUGGAUAUCCGCCAGCGGCUGCACCUCGCCGAACACGUAGCUGAGGGAGCCAUCGAAAUCAUACAAGAGGCCAGGGCUGCUAGCACGCCAUCCGCUCCUGCCAAGGCGCCCCCUGCGCCGUCCUCUGAGGCGUCUGUGGCCCCCAUUCCCUCAGCCGAAUCACAGCCCUCGCCGGGUGCCGCCCGUCGGCCUCCCUUUCAGGCGAUCGUUGCCCACAUUUUAUAUCAUGAAGUCUCUUUUUCUGUGAUCGAGAUGCGCGAGGCCACCAAGGUGCGGCCGACGUCGCCCGGCAUGCAGGAGACCUCGAAUGGCCUCCACGCGGCCCACCGGAUCUUCCAGCAGAUGGCAAGCGAGAGAUUCCAGCAGGAGGGCGGCCAGAUGGCCAAUUCCAUACCAUAUGCCAAACUCAUCACAGCGUUCGCCGACAACCGCAUGGUGAGUGCCAGGCAUUUGGGCGGGAUGGGCGGACGUAUGCGUGGGUGUUGUUGGCAUCGUUGUGCAGGUUGACCGUGCGAUGGAGGUAUACGAGUGGGUGAAGAAGGAGGUGUUGACCGCUCCAGGCAUGCUCAUGGUGAACAUCCAACACAUACGACACAGAACCACACACUCACACACACACACACGUGACAUCGAGCGCCUGCGUGCUACCAGACGGGCCUAGGGUCGGGCGGGUGCUUGCAACAAACAGGUCGAAUGGCGAUCUGUGUGCUGUUUGCAGGCGUUCAAGUUGAUGAAGACCCAUGGCGUGACUCCCCCUGCAGUCGCCUUCGCACAGGUAACACACACACACACACACAGACAGAGACCACCUCUACAAACCAGCAUACGCACCCUUCUCAGUGUGGUCAGUUGGACGUGUGUGUCGAGCUGCUGGACGAGAUGCAGUGUGUCGGCCACCGCCCCACGGCGGUGCCGUGCGGCGAUGUAAGGAGGACAUUGGGAGUGCUGCGGCUACGUUAUCGCUGGUUACAUUUUGUAUUCG